UUGAAUUUACAUUUAUGAAUGAUUCUGGAAGAUCCGGCUUAUUUUUCGAAUUUAGUAAAUCUGAUGAAGAACCCAGAAAGAGUUACAAAAACGUUUAUUAUUAGGAAUUAUUAUGCUGCUGUCGUAUCUGUUUCUGUUUGCAAGUAGAAUCACGAUGAAGUUUUUGCUGCCGUUUUUCAUUUUAAGUUUAAUUCCAAAACAACCCGGAAAUUGUGUGUUGAAACCAAUUGUAAAUAUUGCAAACGAAAAUCUAGAUUUUGACACUUUAUUUCCUCAAGUGACUGAAGAGGUGAAAGUAGCACUUGUUAAUAUAACAGCUGGGUUACCGCAAUGUCUGGAUUCGAGUAAGUUCCCUUCUCUCGGCUGUGAAAAUGAAAUAGGCGGCGGAAGUAACGUGAUGUCAAGUGUAACAUAUAUAUCGUGCCUGUUAAAGAAAGUUUGUUAUAAAAAUGAUACGGCGAAUUUAGUCAAAGUGGUAGAAUGUCUUUCAAUACUAUCUUCAGGUAGAGUAUUGUUUACCUUAGAAAAUACUAAAAGAAAUGUUACAGCAAAAAUAUACAGAUGUCUUGCUGUUAUUUACGCCGAUAGCCGUACUGGACUUACAAACUGUGAUUUGAUCGAUUCCAUUCUAGCAAUAAAUAUUCAAUCUGUUUUAGAAAAUAUAGAUACAAAUAUUAUCAAGAAAUUAAAAAGCGAUUUCGAAACAUUGUUUAAAAUUCUUAGUGGAGAUAUAGAAGCAGUUUGUAAAUUCACAACUUAAUACAUCAUAAAUUAUUUUCCAUGUAAAUUUACGAAAAAGGAAUAAAACAUUAAUCUAA